AUGAACGUGUCAGCUGCCAAUGUGACCUUGGUUGCAGAGUAUCGGGAUUCCUUCACCAAAGCUGUCAUCAAGAAUGUCAUAGUUGUGCUUCUCAGCCUUUUCAUCAAUUACAUCAAUGCAGGACUCAUUUAUACCUUCUGUGAACAUCAGAUCUUCAACUCAAACCCUCGGUACAUCCUGUUUGUCCACUUGGUGGUCAAYGAUAUGAUCCAAGUGUCAUUGGCUGUCACAAUUUUCAUUGUCAGCUACAUCCUCUACAAGAUACCUGUUGUUUCUUGUUGCACUUUGAUUUUGCUCGGCGUUAUCACCUCUGAAAACAGCCCCUUGAACCUGGCCUUCAUGGCGAUYGAGUGCUACAUCGCUGUCUGUCUCCCUCUUCGUCAUCCUCAGAUCUGCACCAUCAAGAGAACAAGGAUACUGAUUGGUUUCAUCUGGCUGACCACCACUUUGUUUGCUCUUCCUGACCUCUUCCAGACUUUGGCCAUUGAGCCUUUGGACUUCUUUAGAUCUAACAUAUUUUGUGUCAGAGAAACAGUUUUUCGAAAUCCCAGCAUCAUUGAACGGAGGAGUAUUACCUAUAUUACAUAUCUGUGUCUAGUAUGGUGUGUUCUCUUUUACACUUAUUUUAAAAUCCUKRUUACAGCAAAGAAAGCAGGUAGAGAUGCUAAAAAGGCAAGAAACACAAUUUUUCUCCAUGGAUUUCAGCUUUUAUUAUGCAUGGCAAUAUACGUAGAGCACCUGCUGAAACAAGCUCUGCUGCAAUGGUUCCCAAAGAAUUAUUCAGAUUCUCUGUUUGCUUGUUAYAUACUUUUUCAAAUUCUGCCCCGAUCCAUUAGUCCAAUCCUCUAUGGGGUAAGAGAUCAAACUUAUAGGAAGCAUUUGAAAAAKUAUUUAUUAUGUAAAAAGAUAAGCAUCAAGUAAUGAAGAGGUUUUACUUUCUAAAACACUCAGAAGUAUUACAUGUGGUCAGGUUCUAAAUAGACUCAA